AUGCCUGUCAGCUCCCAGCCGAUGGUUUACUGGACAGAGAGAAAGGGUCCCUUCAGUGCUGUCUUGGGAGGCAGGAGUUUCAGGAAAGGAAGGACGCCGCUCUCCACUGGCAUUGCCCGGGGCACCCACAGAGCCCCCCUGCCCACCUCGCUGUGGCCUGGGAACUGCGCCAAGGUGGGCCCUGCUCUCCAGGGGGCUAUGGAGAACUCUGGGUGCUGCGAGGCCCCGAAGAAGCUGGGCCUGUCCUUCUCUAUUGAGGAGAUCCUGAGGAGGCCUGCUGAGCGGAGUGAUGUGGCCAGGCCAGAAGGGGCAGGUGGACAGGGCCCUGGGCGAGCAGCUGCGGCAGACUCCGGGCCUGAGAGACCCCCGCAGGACCAGCCCCAGGAAGAGAGGAAGAGCAAGCGGAGGGUCCGGACCACCUUCACCACAGAGCAGCUACACGAGCUGGAGAAGAUCUUCCACUUCACCCACUACCCCGAUGUCCACAUCCGCAACCAGCUGGCAGCCAGGAUCAAACUCCCAGAAGCUCGGGUGCAGAUCUGGUUCCAGAAUCAGCGAGCCAAGUGGAGGAAGCAGGAGAAGACUGGCAGCCUGGGGGCUUCGCAGCAGCUGAGUGAGGCCGACCUGGCCCCGCCCACAAACCCGGACGUGGCCGGUCCCAUGCUGCUCCCCGCUGCACGGCCCAGGCUGGCUCCGCCCACUGGGUGCUAUCCACCGGCCCAAGGUCAGCUGGCCCCUGCCUGGAUCCCUGCCCGGAUGGCCCUCCUCCCAUUCCACCCAUGGGAAGCCCAGCCUCUCCUCGGCCCUGUCAACCAGCAGACCUGCAUCCCUGCUCUCUGCUUGUUUCCACCUCCGCACCCCAAAUGGGGCAGCCUCUGUGCCACCUCCAUACAGGAACCGGACAUCCUCUCCCCAGUGGAGCUGCUCUCCUAUCCAGCUGGUCAUUCACCCUCUCUGGGCCUCAUCUGUAACACAAGGCAGUCGGAUAAGAUGACUUCUGAGGGCUCUUCUGGCUCUUACCUUGGUAAGGUGAACCAUGAUGAGAACAGCAGCACAGAGGAGGCCAAGGAGAGCUUGUUUGUUCAUUUAGCUGAGCACUUCGUAAAUGGAACUGACUAUUGGCAGAAACCACUGAGGCUCUGCCCCCAGGAGCUCAGUCCAGAUUGA